AUGGAUCUCACAAGUGGUGGUGUCGGUCCCUCCACAUCCACAGAUGACGUCGCAUCUCUUCUGGACAAUUCAGACGACAUGCAGUUGGUUCGACAGGCCGUCCUAUUUGAGAAUGUGGAACUCCUUGCGGACCUUUUCAAAGUGAAUCCUUGGGUAUGGAAUCGAGUGGAUCGACACGGAAGAACUCCUCUCAUGUUAGCAGCACAUAAUGGAAAAUUGAAUAGUUUGAGAACGAUUCUCAUGUUGAGUCCUAAAUCGCUAAACCUAACCAACGAGCGUGGGAAAACCGCACUGCACAUGGCAGCCGAGUCGGGAGAGAUUUCAACGGUCAUGGAGUUGGUGGAAAUUGGCUCCGACCCGAUGAAGUCCGAUACCGAAGGUCAUUGUGCAUUGGAACUGGCUCAAAUGGCUGGUCACAAUGAGGUGGCUGCGAAGUUGAUUGAUGCGAUACAAAAAGAGAGCGAAGACCUAAACGAUGCUCAUAUCAUGCUAAUAAGCGCAUGUAUAUCAGGAAGCGCCGAUGUGGUAAAUGAGAUUUUAAGGAAGAAUAUGGAGAAAAAACAAAAUCGAGAAAUCAUAUUCAACGGGCGGACCGAAGAAGAUGAGACGGCACUUUUGAUUGGGCGGAGUCAGAGGGCGGAGCCUGAAAUACAAGUUAAAGUUGUUUGUUUCAGCGCCUGCACCAACGGCCACAUUAAUCGUCCGGCAUCUCCUUCAAUUCGAAGAACAUCUUCUGACCAGCCACACGACACGAGAUACAGUAAUCCAUGCGGCAGUUUCGAGUCAGAAUGUGGAAGUGUUGCAGUUGUGUUUAGA